UGUGUGUCCAGAUUCAGGUGAACUUUCAGUUUUACCCCCACACUCUCCACCCAUGCACCUCUCUUCUAAGUCUCCAAAACCAGACCAAAACAAUCAACAAAGAAACUGAUUGGGUAGAAGGGUAUCUAAUUCCCACAUCUCAUCAUUCACAUUACGACAAAACCUCAUCUUCUUAUUUAUAGUACCUCCAAUUCCUUAAUAUAAACCAAACCCUCAUUCUUUCAGCCACCACCUCAAACCAACCACCUUAAUAUAAACUAAAUUAAAGACAGAUAUGGUGGUGCUGAUGGAUUUGGAAUGGUGGUUUUCAGUUCCAAGUGUGGUUUCUGCUUCAUCAAUGUUUACCUUGGCGGGUUUAAUAGGAGGGUUGUUGGUAUAUCUCUAUGCACCUUAUUGGGGUGUGAGGAAGGUUCCGGCUCCACCUUCUUUGCCUCUUAUAGGACACCUUCCCUUGCUCGCCAAAUAUGGCCCUGAUGUCUUCUCAGUCCUUGCCAAACAAUAUGGUCCGAUUUACAGAUUCCAUAUGGGGAGACAGCCAUUAAUAAUUAUAGCAAAUGCAGAGUUGUGCAAAGAAGCUGGAAUUAAGAAAUUCAAAGAUAUUUCAAACAGAAGUAUUCCUUCACCAAUAUCUGCUUCCCCUCUUCACCAAAAGGGUCUCUUCUUCAGCAGGGACUCACAAUGGUCUACCAUGCGAAACACUAUUCUAUCGAUCUACCAACCAUCACACUUAUCUGGAUUAGUGCCACUGAUGCAGUCUUUCAUAGAAUCCGCCACUGAAAACCUUGAUUCUGAAAAAGAAGACAUUGUUUUUUCCAACUUGUCCCUGAGACUUGCAACUGAUGUGAUUGGGCAAGCAGCAUUUGGUGUGAACUUUGGUCUUUCUAGACCCCAUUCAGUUUGUGAUUCCAUCAAGAGUGUUGAAACUGACCCUGCAAGUCAUGGUAAUGACAAUGAGGUAUCGGAUUUCAUCAACCAGCACAUAUACUCCACUACACAACUCAAGAUGGACUUGUCUGGUUCUUUCUCCAUUAUAUUGGGUCUGCUUUUGCCGAUACUUCAAGAGCCUUUUAGGCAGAUUCUGAAGAGAAUUCCAGGAACCAUGGACUGGAAGAUUGAGCGUACGAACCAAAAACUAAGUGGUCGUCUUGAUGAGAUUGUGGAAAAAAGAAUGAAAGAUAAGACACGAAGUUCAAAGGAUUUCUUGUCACUCAUACUUAAUGCCAGAGAAACAAAAGCAGUUUCAGAGAAUGUAUUCACACCAGACUACAUCAACGCAGUUACUUACGAGCAUCUGCUUGCUGGUUCAGCAACCACGUCUUUUACCUUGUCUUCUGUUAUCUAUUUGGUUGCUGGACAUCCUCAAGUUGAGAAAAAGUUGCUUCACGAGAUAGAUGCCUUUGGUCCUGUCGAUCAGAUUCCGACAUCUCAAGAUCUUCGUGACAACUUCCCUUAUCUUGAUCAGGUGAUCAAAGAGGCAAUGAGAUUUUACACUGUAUCUCCAUUAGUUGCAAGAGAAACAUCAAAUGAAGUGGAGAUUGGAGGCUAUCUUCUCCCAAAGGGGACUUGGGUGUGGUUAGCACUUGGAGUUGUGGCAAAAGAUCCCAAGGACUUUCCGGAGCCAGAAAAGUUCAAACCAGAGAGGUUUGACCCCAACUGUGAUGAAAUGAAACGAAGGCACCCUUAUGCUUUUAUACCAUUUGGAAUUGGUCCUCGGGCUUGCAUUGGUAAACAAUUUUCCCUACAAGAGAUCAAGCUUUCUCUCAUUCAUUUAUAUCGGAAAUACUUGUUUCGGCAUUCACCCAAUAUGGAAAACCCCUUGGAACUCCAGUAUGGGAUAGUCCUCAACUUCAAGCAUGGGGUCAAGCUCAGAGCCAUUAAAAGAACAUAAAGUUACUAAGCAAACGGUUAAGAUUAUUCAUAUACUCUACACUGCAGAGUUCAGAUGAUUUUAUCUUACAAAUGUUACAGUCUGCUAAAUUCCAAAUAUUACCUUAUGUAGAAUUUUAGCCUACUAUAGCUUGUGUAAUAGAAUACCUGAAAGAGUGUGUUACUAGGAUCAUGUUAUGAAGUUUAUCAAAAUUCCAUGUUUUAAUAAAUAUCAGCUGGGCACACUUCCUACAA